GAAGGACAGCGAGGCUGGUAGGGAUCGCGGCUCCUGCCCCAGUAGCAGGCGAGCGCUGCAGAGAGAGCUGCCGCACUCUGAGCCCGACCCCACGGCAGCCGCUCCCCCUUCGCUCCCCGCCUCCCACCGCCCUCAGAGCGAUGUCCCGGCGGAGCGGGCAGUGAGGCGGCGGCCGCCAAGGGACGCCCUGAGCGGGAGAGGCGGAGGCACGGCGGGAAGCGCUCCGUCCCUCCCUUCCAGCUCUCUCCCCUCCCUCUCCCCGCGCCCGGGCGGAGCAGCGGCCGUUUUCCCUCGCCCUUCAUGCCCGGGCGGCCGCCACCGGCGGCGCUGCCCUCCGCUCCCGCCUCGCCGCCCCCGCCCUUCCCGGGUUCGCCGCCGCGCUAGGCCCGCCGGGCGGCCCCGCGCAGUGCCCUCCGCGGGCCCGGCACUAGGCGAGCCGGAGGAUGAGCCAGCAGCCGGCAGGGAAGAUGUCGGCGGCUCCCCUGGCGGCCGAGGCGCUGGAGCCAACGGCGGGGAUGCUCGAGGGCCGCCAGAGGAAGCUGGAGUCCAUGAUCCGCGACCCGCGCUCUCCGGUCAACGUGGAGAGCCUGCUGGAUGGCUUGAAUUCUUUGGUCCUUGAUCUGGAUUAUCCAGCACUGAGGAAGAACAAGAACAUUGAUAAUUUUUUAAAUAGAUAUGAGAAGAUUGUGGAAAAAAUCCGAGCAUUACAAAUGAAAGCUGAAGACUAUGAUGUUGUUAAGGUGAUUGGAAGAGGAGCUUUUGGAGAAGUGCAGCUGGUUCGCCAUAAAAUGACACAGAAAGUUUAUGCAAUGAAGCUCCUUAGUAAAUUUGAAAUGAUCAAAAGAUCAGACUCAGCCUUUUUCUGGGAAGAAAGAGAUAUCAUGGCCUUUGCCAACAGCCCAUGGGUGGUUCAGCUAUUUUGUGCCUUUCAAGAUGACAAGUAUUUGUACAUGGUAAUGGAAUACAUGCCAGGCGGAGAUCUUGUAAACCUUAUGAGCAAUUAUGAUGUGCCUGAGAAAUGGGCCAAGUUCUACACAGCUGAAGUUGUUCUUGCUCUUGAUGCAAUUCACUCCAUGGGCUUGAUACACAGAGAUGUAAAGCCUGACAAUAUGCUUUUAGAUAAGUAUGGGCAUCUGAAGCUGGCAGAUUUUGGCACUUGCAUGAAAAUGGAUGAAACAGGAAUGGUGCGCUGCGACACAGCCGUGGGGACUCCCGACUACAUCUCGCCCGAAGUCCUGAAAUCGCAGGGGGGUGAUGGCUACUAUGGACGGGAAUGUGACUGGUGGUCUGUAGGGGUUUUCCUUUUUGAGAUGUUAGUUGGUGAUACUCCUUUUUAUGCAGACUCGCUAGUAGGAACAUAUAGUAAAAUUAUGGAUCAUAAGAACUCAUUGCAUUUCCCUGAUGAUGUGGAAAUCUCUAAGCAUGCAAAGAACCUUAUCUGUGCCUUUUUAACUGAUAGGGAUGUGCGACUUGGGAGAAAUGGGGUUGAAGAAAUAAAGCAUCACCCUUUCUUCAGAAGUGAUCAGUGGAACUGGGACAACAUUCGAGAGACUGCUGCUCCUGUUGUUCCUGAGCUUAGCAGUGAUAUAGAUAGCAGUAAUUUUGAUGACAUUGAGGACGACAAGGGAGACGUGGAGACCUUUCCAAUCCCCAAAGCCUUCGUGGGAAACCAGCUGCCUUUCAUAGGAUUUACCUAUUACAGAGACAAUUUGUUGCUAAGUGACUCUUCUCAGUCUUGCAGAGAAAACGAAUCUGUGCAAUCUAGUAAAAAUGAGUUUCAGAAAAAACUAAGCAAGCUAGAAGAACAGCUCAGCAAUGAAUUACAAGCCAAAGAUGAACUAGAACAGAAGUACAGGUCUACAAGUGUUCGUUUAGAGAAGAUAGUGAAAGAGCUCGAUGAAGAGAUAACUUCAAGGAAGAAUGUAGAGUCUGCAGUCAGGCAGCUGGAGAGAGAGAAGGCUCUUCUUCAGCAUAAGAAUACAGAAUACCAGAGGAAAGCAGAACAUGAAGCAGAUAAGAAACGCAAUUUGGAAAAUGAGGUUAACAGUUUGAAAGACCAACUUGAAGAUUUAAAAAAGAGGAAUCAGAACUCUCAAAUAUCCAAUGAAAAAAUCAGUCAACUGCAAAGACAGUUGGAUGAAGCCAAUUCUUUGCUGCGGUCAGAGUCUGAUACUGCAGCCAGGUUAAGGAAAAACCAGACAGAAAGCACAAAGCAAAUCCAGCAGCUGGAAAUUAAUAAUAGAGAACUACAAGAUAAGAACUGCCUGCUAGAGAAUGCAAAACUCAAACUGGAGAAGGAGUAUCUCAAUCUUCAGUCAGCUCUAGAAUCAGAAAGGAGAGAUCGAAGUCAUGGAUCAGAGAUUAUCAGUGAUUUACAAGGUCGAAUAUCUAGCCUUGAAGAAGAAGUGAAAAAUGGAAAGAGUGCAUUAGCCAAACUGGAAAUGGAGAAAAGACAAUUGCAGGAAAAGCUCACAGAUUUAGAAAAGGAAAAGAGCAACAUGGAAAUAGAUAUGACAUAUAAAUUUAAAGUUAUGCAGCAGAACCUUGAACAAGAAGAAGCUGAACAUAAAGCCACAAAAGCACGAUUAGCAGACAAAAAUAAGAUCUAUGAGUCUAUAGAGGAAGCAAAAUCUGAAGCCAUGAAAGAAAUGGAAAAGAAACUUCUGGAAGAGAGAGCCUUAAAGCAGAAAGUAGAAAAUCGGCUGUUGGAAGCUGAGAAGCAGCGCUCCAUGUUAGACUGCGAUCUCAAACAAUCGCAGCAGAAGAUAAACGAGCUCCUUCGGCAGAAGGAUAUACUGAGUGAAGAUGUAAAAAACUUGACAUUAAAAAUAGAACAAGAAACACAAAAGCGCUGUCUCACUCAAAAUGACCUCAAGAUGCAAACACAGCAGGUCAACACCUUGAGAAUGUCAGAGAAGCAGUUAAAACAGGAGAAUAACCACCUUCAGGAAAUCAAAUUAAGUCUGGAAAAACAAAACAAUGAACUCCGCAAGGAACGUCAAGAUGCAGAUGGACAAAUGAAAGAGCUUCAAGACCAGCUUGAAGCUGAGCAGUAUUUCUCAACUCUCUAUAAGACACAAGUUCGAGAACUUAAAGAAGAAUGUGAGGAAAAGACCAAAAUUUGUAAAGAAAUACAGCAAAAGAUACAAGAGUUACAGGAUGAGAGAGAUUCCUUGGCUGCUCAGCUAGAGAUUACUUUGACAAAAGCAGAUUCAGAACAACUUGCCCGUUCCAUUGCUGAAGAGCAGUACUCUGAUUUGGAAAAAGAGAAGAUUAUGAAAGAGCUGGAGAUUAAAGAGAUGAUGGCGAGGCAUAAACAGGAACUUACUGAGAAAGAUGCCACCAUAGCCUCAUUGGAGGAAGCAAAUAGGACACUAACUAGUGAUGUGGCUAACCUUGCUAAUGAGAAAGAAGAACUAAACAAUAAACUGAAGGAAGCACAAGAACAAAUUACAAAGCUAAAAGAAGAAGAAGCAAAUGUAGGAAAUAUUAAAGCACAGUUUGAGAAGCAGUUGUUGAAUGAAAGAACAUUAAAAACCCAGGCUGUGAAUAAAUUGGCUGAAAUCAUGAAUCGGAAGGGUCCAGUAAAACGUGGAGCUGACACUGAUGUACGGCGGAAGGAAAAGGAAAAUAGGAAGCUGCAUAUGGAACUGAAGUCUGAACGAGAAAAGUUAACCCAGAUGAUGAUCAAAUACCAGAAGGAAAUAAAUGAAAUGCAGGCACAAAUAGCAGAAGAGAGUCAGAUACGGAUUGAACUGCAGAUGACUCUGGACAGCAAAGACAGUGACAUUGAACAGCUUCGUUCCCAGCUGCAGUCACUGCACAUUGGUCUGGACAACAGUAGCAUAGGCAGUGGACCUGGAGAGGCUGAGGCAGAUGAUGGAUUCCCUGAAUCAAGAUUGGAAGGUUGGCUAUCAAUGCCUGUUAGAAAUAACACUAAAAAAUUUGGAUGGGUUAAAAAGUAUGUAAUUGUAAGCAGCAAGAAGAUCCUGUUCUAUGACAGUGAACAAGAUAAAGAGCAAUCUAAUCCCCAUAUGGUGUUGGAUAUAGACAAACUCUUCCAUGUCCGACCAGUCACUCAGACUGAUGUGUACAGAGCAGAUUCCAAGGAAAUUCCUAGGAUAUUCCAGAUCCUAUAUGCUAAUGAAGGAGAGAGCAAAAAGGAACAGGAAUUUCCUGUGGAGCCCAUGGGAGAGAAGUCAAAUUACAUAUGUCACAAAGGACAUGAGUUUAUACCUACUCUUUAUCACUUCCCAACCAAUUGUGAAGCUUGCAUGAAGCCCCUGUGGCACAUGUUCAAACCUCCUCCUGCUCUGGAAUGUCGCCGCUGCCAUAUCAAAUGUCACAAAGAUCACAUGGAUAAAAAGGAAGAGAUUAUAGCGCCUUGCAAAGUGUACUAUGAUAUUUCUACGGCGAAGAAUCUACUACUGUUAGCUAAUUCUACGGAAGAACAGCAAAAAUGGGUGAGCCGACUGGUGAAAAAAAUACCCAAGAAGCCUCCAGCACCAGACCCCUUUGCUCGAUCUUCUCCCAGAACUUCCAUGAAGGUACAGCCAAACCAGUCCAUCAGACGACCAAGUCGACAGCUUCCUCCAAACAAACCAAGCUAACUGCUUUCCGUGAAUGCAGACACAGUCAAGGUGAUAAUUUUCUUCCCAUUACAGCAAGACUGAAACAUAUCCCAAAAUAUAUUAAAAAUAUAUAUUUUCCUGAGAGAUUGUGCUAUAUAUAUCAGAGGUUUACAUUUUUGCUGCAAUAUAAAUUACUAAUCUCUGAAGGUUUUCCUGUAUUCUCCCAAGUGACUGAUCAGUUGAGGAAUGGUUGGUAAAAAGUCAAAGGAUAUGUUAGGUAACCUUUUAAACUCUGUUCCACAAAAGCUUUCUUGGCAAGACACAUACACUACAUUUCAUAAAAGGAUCGAGAGGAAUGAGUAUUGCAAUGGAAGAAACUGACUUUUCAGCUUUCGUAAAGAUGCCACCAGCACGUCUGCACGUAGAACCGGAGGAAGAUCCACCAUAGUGAUAUAGACUGCAUCUGUGAGAAGUGACCAUUAAACUGUGUAAAUAUAUUGUACUGUAAUACUGCAAGAGGGUUUAAAAAUCUUUCCACUUUAUUUUUUUAUGCUUAUUAAUCAGAUACCGUUACUUAUUGCAGUUGCAACUAUGCACUUGUAUAAAGCCAUAAUGUUGAAGUUUAUAUCAUUCAUACACAUCUAUCAGAAGCUGCAUGUCAGUGUUCAGCAGCUAGUAUAGGUUUGAAGUAUAUACUAGUUUCAGCUACAUCAUCAUGGGCAGUCCCCUUGUACCUGUCUAAUUGCCUUAAUUUAAAUUUUUUUCAAGUUUUUUUUUUUGCCCAUUCUUUCUAUUUAAGGAAAAAGAAAGUUUACCAGCUCUUAGGAUGCAGUUUUGCUUUGUGGCAGAAAAAAUAGUGCACUAUUUUUACACCUAUUAAGUAUAUCAGUGUCAACCUAUUUUGAAUGUAUAUCGACUGGUUUUAAGGGUGGAGAAGUGUUGGUUACAGAAACAAUGUCUGAGAGCAUGGGAUUUACCAGACCAUUUGCUUGUACAUGUAACUGCUCAUCCAGCCCUUUUUACAAACCUCAGUACUCCUUAUUGACUUAUAUUAACCCUCAUUAAGUGCUAUGAAACUUCAUUUUGCCUUGUUUUUGCAUACUCUCCUAGAUGUGGGUUUGUUUUUUUUUUUUAUUUCUGGAAAAUAAAAGAAUCUGUGACUAUUUUUACAUUUCACAACACAAUAUCUGAGGACUGUCACAAACUUUAAGAAAAGUGAAACAUACUGUAGAUGUAUUUUAAAGUUUUAAUCUGGUUCUCUAGCACAUAGCUGUAGGCAUAGAUAAAUAAUUCAGUAGUGUGUUUUGAGAACUGAUAGCUGGGAAGAAAGGGCCUCAGAGGCACUUAUUCUGACUUUUUUUUUUAAACUUGGAGUUGUACAAAAAAUAUAAUAUAUAUGGGCUCAUUCAUGAUGUGUUCAUAAUUAUCCCAGAAAAUGCAUGUUUUAUACAACUACAGUAUGUGAUGUUAAACAUAUUGACAGUAAAAAAAUGUAGUCUCCUAUUUGGUCUCUUUAUAUAUAUAUAAAUAUAUAUAUAUAUAUAUUUAGAAUAUAUAUAUAUAUAUAUAAAAUAUUGUGUGGGAGUGCAGUAAUUUAAAAUAUGAUCUAACACUUCAAUGAAGGAGGACAUUUCACUUUAAAAUUUUGUUUGUUUGUUUUUGUUUUUUAAAGAGUGUUGAAAUGUUUGGAAGGAUAGGACCAUGUUUUAUUUAACACUAUCAUGAAAGGUGGACUUGGAAACACUGAAAUACUGAAAAUUAAUAAAUAUAUUUACAUUUUGUAACCUCUACUACAGCUCAGCUUAACAAAGCAAGAAUGUAUUCAGUCUUCUAUUUAUGUGCUCACAAAGUAAAAUGUUGUUUGUGAGUUCUUAAAUUUAAAACUAAAACUUUCAUAUCAUUUCUGUUAGGUAUUAUAACCCAGAGCACAGCAACAGUGGUUUUUCCCUGCUUAUUUUGAUUUACAGAAGUACGGUAUAUUUUUAGAUAAUGCAGAUUUGCAUAGAGUACAACAUUAAAAAUGUAUACAGUAAAACUGUUUCCAUUCACUGAAUGCAUAAAUAUUUUAUAUAUAUAUAUAAAAAAUUGUUACAUUGUGGGAAGUUCUAUCCUUUUCUGAAUUGGAGAAUAUUAUAUAUAUAUAUAUUUUUAAAUAAACUAUUUGAGUAAGGUAAAAUAGUUUCUGAACUUGAGAAGCUGGUAAUUAAUUGAAAUAUUUAAAUAUAAAGAUAACUACUGCAGCAGAUAUGGGAAAGGCAAGGGCUGCUCCAAAGGCAGUCCAGCAAAGGCUGUGUGUUUGGAGAAAGAGCAGACUCUGGGGGAGCUGUUUGGCAGCUCUCCACUGCUGGGGCUGGAUCCUUUGCACUUUCUCUCCUGGCUUGCCCUCAUUUACUGUGAAUCCAUGGGGCCCUGCUAAGUGUGACAUUUUAGGAAAUGUACUAUAUGAUAGUAUUUGCUAGCCCCGUGUAUGAAUUCCAUGCUUGUACAAAAGGUCCUCAGCUGUAUGGACAGCAGGCUGUGCUGAGAUGGAGUCGGGGAGCAGUGGGGUCCUGUGCUCUGCCCUCUGCCCAGAGCAGAGCUAACUUAGCACAGCUUCCUCAAGGCCAGUGGGCUGAGGCACACUGGCUUUGUACCCAGGACACAAAAGGCAGAGCUGCUCUUCUGUUCUUCUGCCUUAUCCUGCUGUGAAAUGCAAACACCUCUUUAAUGCUAGUUCCUGGAGUAUGUGUUGUUUCCUUAUUGUCUGGUGGCGACCUUUUAGUAUUUUUGAGAGAAGGGAUAUUCAUGAACUAAGGAGUAUUUGUCUUGAAAGUCACUGAUGUUUUAACAUUUUCUUUUUGUUACAGGCUUGUCCUCAGCAAACAGGACAUUUUUUGGCCUUUAUUACCUAUAGAAAAUUCUCUCAUUGCAAGUCCUUUUGUCUCAUAAGAGUAAACAAGUGGUAUAGCCAAGCUGCAGAUUAAUCUUCUGGAAAAUCCAGGGGUCAGACUUGGAGCCAGAAGCUCAAGGCACUUGUACAGAAAUUGCUCCUCAGUUCCCAGUGCAAGAGCUCACCAUCACAGAAGGACAAUGGUAAUUCCAUUGGAAUUACCUUGUCAGGUGUCAGAAAGACCCUUCUGCAAUAAGAUUUCCACUUCUGUCCUAGUUGUGUGCUGCAAUUCCCUACCUCUUGUGGUCCCUGAAGAAGUGCAGCCCCUCCAGCACUGCCAGCAACCCAGCAGCAAGUCUGCUUUUAACUAGAGGAAAACUGUGGUGGUUCUUGUGCUUCUGAGCAUGGCAUGAUGCUGUAACCAAAAACAUGACAUAGAAUCACAGUAGGAUGUAGGACUUGGAAACAUGCAAGAGGUUUGAGGAUCUUAGCAGUGACAAAUUUAAAACAUCACUGAAAUUUCGCUUACUUUCUCUUACUGCCUCUGGAAAACACUGAACCUCCUACAUUUUGACAGGCAUUCAGUGACUCUCUGAAGGCACCAAGGCCAGGAAAGCUGCCAAUGAAAUUAUGUGCUUUUUCUCUUUAGUUUCUUUUUAGUGUCUAAUGUCAAGUGAUCAUUAGAAAUUUGAGCCUUUCUGUUUGUAAUCUUGCAAUGUAUUAAUUUCCCAUCUAGCUGUGAUAGAAUCAUCCUUAGAAGAGAAUUACAUCUUUUGGUCCCAAGUGCCUUUACCAUCCUGUGCUUGUGAGGUUGUAUUUGGGAUGCUGCUGUGAAAAGGUGAAUUUAUAUGAAAGCAAACUUCUUACCUGCAUUGCUCGUACAAACCCUUAAUCACCUCCUUAUUCUGUUUUUGAGGCAAAAGAACAAACAGUACAAGGUCUGGUUCAGUGAACUGGAGUAUUUCAGUCUCCUCCACAUUACUGGAUAGUUUGCCUUGACAUUCAUGUUAAAAUAAUGAUUAAUUUAUUUUUUCAUGUAAUCACAGAAUAUAUCAAGUUGGAAGGGACCUAUAAGGAUCAUCGAGUCCAACUCUCUGCUCCUCACAGAACUACCUAAAACUAAACCAUAUGACUAAAAGCAUGAUCUAGAUACUCCUUGACCUCUGACAGGCUUGGUGCCUUUUAGAGUGUAUUACAGUUUUUUUACAAAUUAUCAUCUCUGCAUAUAGUACACUUUAAAUUGAAAACAUUAUUUCUUAUUUUUUAAGAUAAUCUUCUGAAUCAUUUAAAAUAAGCUUCUGAAUCAUUUAGGGUUCUAUCAGAAUCCCAAGGAUCACAGAGUUUGCCUGCUACUUUGAAGUAUCCCUCAUGAGGUUGGGGGGGAUUCUUCUUUCUAGUCUCCAUAAAAGAUGUAGAUGGAGAAGUUCUGAAAAUACAAUUUGUGUUCAAUGUUGAAGUUGCCUAAAAAUUGGGCAGGUGUACAUACUCAGACAUUCUCAUCUGAGAAAUACACAAGUCUACUGCAAUGUGUGUGGCAGAGAAGAACACUCAAAACACAUCCAGCCUAGUUUUCCCCAGAAACUACUGCAAUCAAUGGAAAAGCUGUAGCUGUAGAAACAUAGCUCUUAAGAAGUGGAGAUGUAAAGAAAAUAAUGUAUUGGCACAGGGAUGCUAAUUAACAGGUCUUAUUAAUGAAAACUGGGGUUUGGAAUCUUUUCCACUUUGUAGGCAGGAAGCAGUGUUAAGAAGCAAGAUAAGAAAGCCACAUUGCUACUUGAUAUUGCAAGAGUGAAGCCUUGGAUUUGACUGCAGCUGCUUUUGCUUCAAUAAUCUUGUAGAAGCUGCAAGAUCAAAGUGAGCUUUCAAAAUGAAAGUCAUGGUGAAAGGUCAUGAAAUUUCCAUUAUAGGUGUAUGUGGUCCUGAUACCUUAAAGAACUCUGGAAAAACACAUCAUCACCCUGAAAAGAAAGGGCAGAGAGUCCAAUAAUGUCAUGUGCCUGCAGCCCUUACUUGUUGGAGGAGCUGCACAGAAAUGCUUCCACAGCCAAGACAGCUGCGUGGGAUGCUUCAGUCCUACCACCACAUUUUAAAGUUGAGGCCUUCAGUGUUUGUUCAGAGAUGUGUGCCUGCUUCUAUGCAUUGUCUUAUAUUGUCCCUGCGGGCCUCAUGACGUGUACUUCUUGUCAUUUGUCAUUGCUCUUUGGGGUGUUUUUUGCCCAGGAUGCUCUUGCACCACUUGGUAAGCAUGGCUAUCCAGCAGUAACUAGGCUUGUGAGAUCACAGCCAAUCUUCUUGUCCUUUGGAUCACCAACUGCUUAGACUUUGGGCACUGAAUUGCCAAGUGAACUGGUUGAAACUUUUUUUGGAGUUACCUAAGAUGUUAAAUCCCUUAAUCAUUUUAAGACUGAAGAAGCCGGGUACCCCAACUGAGGUCUGAGCCCUCUUUCAUAUUGGCUCGCCUUGCACUGUCUCUGACCUCAACUGGUCCAUUUUCUGGUAGGCUCUUGGAGCAGGUCUUGCAGCUGGAUGCAGGUCUGGCUGCAGCUUCAAGACUUGAAUCUGCUUGCUGCAUCCCAUGGUCUCAGGUGUCUCUGUGAUGUUUUCCAGCAUAUUACAAUCCCUGUGUCCUGGGGGCCACUGAGACUCAGUAGGAUCUGCGUAGCCUUUAAUCCAAUCCGAAGCCAUGGGGGGAGGCUCCCCUGCCAGCUCUGUUCCGAGCUACAGCAAAGGGAGUUGUAUUACUGGAAGGAGGGCAUUUGUGCAAACCAAAAAAACCAACAAAGCUGAGUGAGGAAAAUACCCAUGAGCUCAGAGAGUCCAUGAGGACUGUAAGUUGUGCUGACAGUGCAUUUCAUGGGGGGAAAAAAUCUCACAAAAUAAGUCAGACUCUUGAAAGACCACUCUACAGGAUCUGUAUAUAGUCAGCUGUUCAAAGGUGAAAGAAUUUCCAGUAAUUAUUUAAAAUAUGCUUAAUAGAAGCUCAAUUCGUGUUUCAUUAAGAUUUACCUGACAGAGGCAACACUGAGGCAUAGGAUGUGUGUUAUUCCAUUUAUGAUUUUCAUAUAGUAUGAGUUGGUACUGCUGCCCAAAGCCUUCACAUUCCAAAGCAGAAAUCUUGUACAUUCCAGAGAAGGCAUAUGCACAGAUGACUUGCAAUUAUAAGAUAGUAAGUAGAAUUGAUUUUCAGCAUGGAGCCAUGUUACUACACAGUUUGGAUCAGAACCAUCAUUAGCCAACUUAACUUGUCAUGUUUUAGACUGUUGCAGGUUCUGUUCUUUACAUCAUUUUCCAGAAUACUUGACAGAUAAAAGAAGGUGUCUGCCCUCUUAAAGCUCCCUCCCUGUGAGUCAGUGAUAUAAUGCACAGAGGCACCUGUUUAGGCUUCUGACAAUUUAAGAAAGUUCUAAGAUGAAAUAAUGAAACAAAACAGGGUAUGAACAAAAUUGUGACAAUUAUUUAAACUGUUCUUCAGUUUAAAUUAAAUUUCAUCAAAACUAUGAUGUAAAAAUCUCUUAUUUUACCCCUGGCCCAAAGAUUGAGUUUUUUUCCAAGACAGAGAUGGUUGCCCCAAACUACUGCCAAUACAGAAUGGAAUACUGACACCUUUAACUUGAAAAUGACUGUAUGUCUGUCUUGCCGUUAGGCAGGAAACACCUGAGGUUUAUCAGGACUCAGGUCUGUGAGGCUGGCAAGGGCUUGUAAUUGGAUCCAUCACAAUUGAUGAUCUAUCAGAUUGUUACAAUGAUGUUCACUGUGGCUCCCAGGCACCUGAUUGACCUCAACAGUUGUCAUCACUGAGAACUCUGAAGUGUCCUGGAGAACCCUGGCUUAAAAUCCAGCAAAUUAAAUUUAGUACAAACCAAGAACUUUAGAACAUCUUAUUUUAAGAUUUUUUUUUUAGCUUCCUCACUUUCAGAAGUGAGACAUCCUUAGACCAUUAUUAGUGAUGAAGGUGACAUUUAAUGUUCUGCUUCAUACAUAAAUAUGAAUUUCAAGUAUGUAAAAAUUUGGAAGAGAGUGGAAAAACCAGCCUGAAGAGAAUUUGGAGGGAAGUCAUUGUUUAUCAUCAGGGAAAAUACAUGGCUGGGAAACUACCUCAUUUCAGUUAUCUCCACAUCUGUGGAGUUCAUUUAUAAUGGUUCCUUGUGUGGACUCAGCUGUUAUUUUCUUUUUUUUAUUUUCCCCCUAUUACAUAUGUCACUAAAUGGAUGGUUGGUUGGUGGAGGAAGAGUAAUUUUACCUCAUUUAAAGAACUGAGUGAAGGCCUUUUAUAAGACUGGGGCCACUCGGCUAAUUCUGAAUUACUUUCUCCAGAGUCAAACUGCACUAAAAAUCCAGCUCUUGACCUGCAGUGGUUGGGGGCUGUCACUGCCUGCUCACCCCACUCCUUUCUCUUGUGUUUCAGUAGAUGAGCAGAGCCAGGAUCAGGAACAGCCACGGGCACAGUUGUAAGGCAGAUAGAGGUUCAGGGGUCAGGCAGGGACAGGGACACCUGAGCAGUCCAAGCAAUUGCAUCCUUUGCUGGACUGGAGCAGCACAAGGAAAGACACCUGUGUCUGCUUCACACAGAAUGCCCAGUGCUAAGGGAGGCCCAUAGGGUGGGGAGAGGAUGGGUUUGCAUUUGUGUUCAGUGUUCUGUUCACUGAGGACAGAAAAAAUAAGCUAUACCCCUCUUCCCCUGUUCACAUCCAUGUCCAGACCCACUGUCUCUGGACUCAGAUCCUCAUUCUUUCUACAGUAAAUCUCAUGGUAAAUGUUUUCUUUCUCAUACAGCUGAAGUGAGCUUCUAGCUUACCUGCUGCCAAAUCCAGUUGCAGUUCCUCACAGCCACUGCGGGAGGUACUUGGGGUUUUUUAGUGGACUCUGCUGGAACUCAGACCUUGUCUUCUCAUAGACAAGAAGACUCAAAGUUUUUGAAAGCCCCAGCAAGACACACACUUUGUCAGCUAGGACAGGACAGGCUGUGUUGCCUUGUGAGCAUGUUGUGAACUGGUACAAUUAGACACUGAGUGUGUAAUUUCACACCUGUACAGCAUCUGUGAAUGGAGUUGGAUUACUUCCAGCCCUGUGGACAAGAGCUGCUUACUUGCUUACACCUUCUGCCAUUAAUCCAAGAUGCUCUCCCUGCUUGCUUUUGCCCUGCUGCUGCAUUACACAGCAAAUGACCUCCCUGUUUCCACCCUGAUACUGGUGAAUGACAAGUUUAACAAGAUUUAUCCUGCCUGUGUAUUUGUCUAAAGCUGUUGCCUUUAAUCCAGCCACUGAGAAGAUUAUUCUUUACCUACUGGAAACCACAGUGUCUGCGCUUUCGUGGGGCUUGCCUGGAAUUUGAAUGUGCCUCUGUUUAUGAAAGUUACUCUCUGAGAGAGGAAAAAGUGUUAAACUAUUUACUGCUAGUUUCUGAUUUGUUCCAUAUCUCUUGCAGCUUGAAUGAACUCAUGGUCCAGCUUUCCAAGUCCACAAAAUUACUUUACCUUAAGUUCAUUAAUUACCCAGCUUUAUUUGUUUUCCUCAGUCUUUUUUUCCCACAGGUUUCUAAGGUGAUUUAUUCAAAAUGUGUUAAGUAACCUAUUAAGAACUGUUCUUAAAUGCAUUUUCAGUAUUUUAUGAUAAAAAACCAUCUUGAGGUGCUGAUUCUCAAACCAAAAAUGGAGCAGCUUCAUCUUGCUACAGCAUCACUCAGGAGUGUGAAAGAUGUCAAUAACAGAGAAGGUUUGGAUUCCAUACAAACCUUUCUCUAUCAAGAAAAGGCUUUAAUUUAAAAGCUAGUGUGUUUUUUUCAUUUUAAGAUGCUGGAGCUCUUUAGCAUUUGGCAGGUCAUUAUUCAGCCUGAUGCUUCAGGUGUUAAGGUGAAAGCUGCCCAUUUAUGACCUGUAAUGAAUAUUUCAUUUUCUCUCCAUAUAUGGAGAGAACAAUAAACAAUAAAAACUCAAAUGCAAUGAAAAUUAACUGUAAGAAUGACACUAUCAAUCUUGAAGAAUAGCAUUUAUUAGUAUCACCUGAAAAAUGUAUCACAUGCCACCUGCCACCAUUUAGACCACUUCAGAUACUUUACACAGCUUUAGUAAAAUCAGAAUGUUUACAAUUAAUCUUUCAACCAACAUAGAAAGACUUUUUAUUGGAGCAGUAAAAAAAAGCUCAUCUUUGACUUGCUCUCAGUAACGUGGGAUACAUGAAAUCACUGCCCACAGACACAUCUCUUCCCAGCCCUUCCCACUAAAAUUUAGAAUACGAAGGAGCUGUUUUCUGCUGGUGAAUGCUCCAAUUGCUGCAUGCUCGCUGGCAGAAACAUCUGCUUUUGCAGAUCCCUUUGCGCCACAGCAGUCACACAAUUUAGAAUGUUAUGAAGAAAACCUGCCUCAAAUGAAGUCAAUGCAGUCUUCCCAUAGUUUUCAAGGGUGUUGGGAUCAAGGGUGCCUAGGUUUUUACAUGCCAAUCAACACAACACCAUAAGAACUCUUGGAAUGUUGUAUCUUUUAAUUUUGGGGAAUGUAAUGAUAAAUGAAGGCAAGCUGUAUGAUUACUAAUGGAACUUUUGGUUGUGAAGGCAGUACUUUCAAACUAAAAUCCUCUGUUAAUAGUUGUCAAGAAUAUCCUUUCCCCCUUCUUACUCUAAGUACUAUAAAUUUACUAGAAUUUCUGAAGUAAAAGUUUAAGUGAAGUCUAUGUUCUUCAACACACUUAGCACUGACAGGCCAAAAAUUCAUGAACCACAGAGCAGUAUCACUAAAACCUGACAACCACAGGAGAUCAGUCUGCUGAGAUGGAUCAAGGUGCACAUGUCACUGUCAGUAUGGAUGGUGUUUGGGAAUUCUGGAUAUCAUUCCAGGAACUUUUGCUCGAACAGCAUUUUUAAUUGUUGGCCACAGUUUCAUCAAUUCCCAUGCUUUCUAAUCCCUGCUGUUCUCAAAAUACUAUGUUCAGUGAAUGAGAGCUCAGGUUGAAAAAUGAUUCAUAGUUGAGUUUUUGCUCUCUUAUCCAAUAAAAACUGGGUAUACUGAGGAAAGUGACUCUAUGGGUAUCCUGUAUCAGCUGUAUAAAUUGUACUAUUUAAGUGUUGCAUGUAAGUGCUACAAUCCCAGCUGGAUUUGUGAUUUAGUAAUUAGAACCUUAUUCUGGAUUGGGCCUUGACUAAGAUUUUCUUCAUCCUAAAAUACAGACAGUUAAUGUUGAACUAAUUGAGUUGCUUGCAAGAAGAAGACAAAGUUCUGUUGUUGUUUUACAGUCUUGCAGCAGGACAAGUCAGUAUGUUGGUGCAAAACUGAUCAUGUAUAAUUACAGAAAAUUGCUUAUAUGUAACCAGAAAGUACUGAAGUGAUACCAGAAUAUAUAUACAUCUAACUAUGAAAUACCUUGUAGUAAAAAAAUCCAGAGAAAAUGUGGUAUCAGUGAAACUUGUCUGAAAUGACCAAUAAAAAUAUGCUGCUUAAAUUAA